AUGCUUGAUGCAAACUCGGUCAUCAAGUCUGCAAGGGAACACACAUCGGGUAAAUCGAUUGGCAUUGUAGGAUCCAGUCCUUUGGGUACAGAUGGUGCUCUGUCCCUAGCCUUAGAGAGGCUCUACCGCGAUUGGUUUGGUAUGACCGUUCGCGAAAUUGACCUAUCCAUGGGCAUUGUUGACCAAUGCGACUUUUAUAUCGCCACUCGAGAUGAUCUGGGUUUAGAAGUCUUCCAAAACACUAACCCAACUAAAUGCAUGACCUCCCCUGUCAUUAUUCUCUGUUCGUCUCCACAAAUCGCGAACACGUUGUGGUGGAACACCCAAGAGAAGGAACUUGCAGACGUGGUCGAGUUCAUCAGUCAGCCAUGUGGACCUCGAAAGAUGGCCAAGACAUUGCAUUCAUGCAUCAAACGUCAGCACAAUCGAGAUGAUUCCACCAAUAUCAGAAAUACAGCCCAGCUAGCCUACAGUAGCAAUAUAUGGUCAAUCUUCAAACAAGCAGAACAAGGCGUGGCAGAUGGGAAUGACAGCUCGUUCCCUAUCCCAUCUGAAGCAAAUACACCAAAAGCUUUAGCUCCUUCCAUUCCUCGGAUCCAGGAACAGCCUUCUGACCAGCAUAUCGAUGGCCAUUACAAGAACUCGGAUAGGGCAGUCCAAGUCCCUGACAACCCAACAUCAACUGUUCUCAUUGUGGACGAUAAUGACAUCAACGUUCGAAUCCUGGUUGCAUGUGUCAAAAAGCUAGGGUGUAAUCACAUCAUUUCACGGAAUGGAUUAGAGGCUUUUGAAGCUUUUAAAGAAAAUCCAUCCCUAUUCAGCCUAGUCCUGAUGGAUAUCUCCAUGCCUGUUAUGGACGGGCUUGAUUCAACGCGUCACAUUCGAGAUCAUGAGAGACGUUUUAGCAAGACGAAACCAGUGAUGAUAGUUGCCCUUACUGGCCUUGGUCAAGCGGAAACCGAGCGUGACGCCAUUGGAUCAGGAAUGGAUCUGUUCCUGACGAAGCCUGUGCCUUUGAAGGUCCUAAAGCCGAUUAUUAACAAGGCAAUGUUAUGUGAUGAGUCUAAUUAA